AUGGGCGCGCGGGUCUUUGUGUGGCUGGUGGCUGGCCUGGCCCAGGCGUUGGGCGAGGUGGCGGAGCUGUCGAAAGCCGAGGCGCCGACGCUGGCGGAGGCGCUGGAGAAACACGAGGUUUUGCUGGUGAAGUUCUACCAGGACUGGUGCGUCUACUGCCGGGACUUGGGCCCUGGGUACCUGGCGGCGGCCCAGGAUCUGCGGCUCGCAAACUCGCGGGUGGUCCUGGCGCAGACCCGGGACCUGGAGCUGCAGAAGGAGUUCGGGGUCCAGCGGAUUCCCGCGGUUCUGCUCUUCAGGAAAGGCCAGCUGCAGUAUCAACAUUGGGCCUUCGACAGGGAUGACAUCUUCGACUUUGCCCGGACCUUCGACUUCCCGCUUGGGCCGGUGGGGUCUGUGGUGCGGAGUCACUACUGGCUGCGAAGCCUGGUGAAAUUUGGCGUGAAGGCGCUGCUGAAGACGCUGCGGCUCAGCCCAGACCACCCGCUGCAGCUGUGGAUGCCCAAGAUCCUGGGGCGCCUUGGCGAGCGACGAGGGGACUGA